AUGGUGAUCACUACUCCUUUCCAGACUUUAUUUGCGGUACCCAUGACCUGCGAAAGCUGUAUUAAAGACAUCUCAGGUUCAUUGCACAAACUCAGCGGAAUCCACAAAGUUGAGGCAAACCUUAAAGAUCAGCUCGUGACCAUCGAGGGCACAGCGGCUCCUUCCGCCAUUGUUGCAGCCAUACAGUCUACUGGACGAGAUGCAAUUCUACGGGGCACGGGCGGCUCAAACAGUGCGGCGGUGUGCAUUCUUGAGACACAUUCAACAACCGUAUCAGAUAAAGUGAAGGGACUGGCACGGAUGGUUCAGGUUUCUCCAGAUCUGACUCUCAUCGAUCUUACAAUCAGAGGCUUGUCACCAGGUAGCUACUGGGCUACGGUAAGAGAGACGGGAGACAUCUCAAAUGGUGCAAUCUCAACUAGGGGGAUCUGGACUGAUCCGAAGGAAGGUGCUCUCAAGCCAAGAGGAUUCUUAGGGACUGUGCAGGUAGGUAAGGAUGGCGUUGGAAGUGUGUUCCUUGAUAAGCCAAUCCAGAUCUGGGAGAUGAUUGGAAGGGGGAUGGUAGUAUCGAAACAGCAUGAGGGCGAUUGCAAGUUUGAGAAGAACGAUGCGGAUACGCUCGUCGGUGUGAUUGCUCGAAGCGCAGGCGUCUGGGAUAACGACAAAACGGUGUGCUCGUGCUCCGGCAAGACGUUGUGGGAAGAAAGAAAGGACGAAGUGAAGAAGGGCAUGUUGUGA